UGAGACGCCCCGGGCUGGCCGGAAAUGGAGUCCGGGGAUCCCCGGGCUCGUGGAAACGGUGGAUCCAGAGGCUGGGAGAGGAGGAUACCCAGGAAAGGGGGUGCAGGGAGUGUUGAGGCAGGAUAAAUGAAUGCCGGGGGUCCUAGAACUGGGGAAGGUGAUGUGGGGGGCGCGGUUCCAGUGCCCAGGAACAGGGAUUAAAGGGCCUCCCCGGGGAGCUCCCCAAAGCCUCUCUCAGGGGGGAGCAGGAGUUGGGUCAGUAAGUCUGGGAAGAGAAAAGGGGGUGGCCCCGGCUUGGGGGGGACAUGAGGGAGUCACACACUCUCCCGGGGGGACACGACCCCCGGGGACCCCCACUCACCUUCUCCCACAGGGGAGGCCGAGCCCCAGCCCAGGCAGCAUCCUGGGGGGAGGGACGGGCAGGAUCCGGGAAAGGGCAGCAGCUCGCGGGUGCCGCGGUUGCCUGAUGACCACAAACAGGGCGGCACCGUCUGUGCCAGCGGCGCGGCCUCAGUUGCCUGAGAACGCGCUCCUGGCUGGUUGUGCGCAGCCUGGGCUCCUGCAGGCGGCUUCGCUGGGCGAUUUGCCGAGUGAAUUGAUCGCGGAGCAUUGGUCUCCGCAGAGAAUUCCUACACGUGCAGAGCAUUGGCCUCUGCGAAGAUUUCAUCAACGUGCAGAGCAUUGGCUUCUGCACGUUCCUGAAUUUCCUUUGAAGGUAAAGAUUGAUUAAAGUUGAACUUCUCGGUUUUGUCUCAUCUGCACUCUGAGAGAGAAUGCCAAAGGGAAAUACAGGAUGGGAUAAUGCCCGUCUUUUGGUGCAGCAGUUUGGUGGCAUGCAGAGCUCAGUGGAUGAACAAUAUAUGCUCUACUGAUUGUGCUUUUUUUGCACUGAAGAAAUGCAGCAUUUUGUAAGUUUUUGUUGAGGCAUUGUCACUCAUCUGGGAGAUCCUCUCUUCAAAAUGACUUCUGGAGUCCCAGAGAAGAGCUCGACACUACAUCUUUUGUCCAGGGAAAGACUGAUGUCGUUUACUCUGCUUCCCCCUAAGUUCCUGUGGGAGAAGUUUCUCAACAUGAAGAAGAAGGCCAGCACUGGGGGGAGUUUUCUGCCCAGAAUUGGCCCAUGUGUAGACCUGAGGGAGAUUAGUCCAAAGCUGCCGUCAGAUCCCCCAAAGCAGAACUUGUUUCACAUUUCCCCACCAGAGGUGGUAUUUCAGAACUUUGACACUCAUGGUGUCUCUGAAAUGGUGCUGUCUCUCACCAAUGUGUACAAGUUUCCUCAGGUGGUGAAGGUCUCCAUGGAGAGCUCCCCGUACUUCCAGCUCACGUGCUCCAGCGAUGUGUUCCGUGUCGUGCCGCCGGGCGCGUCUGCCCCUGUGCGCAUCCGCUUCAGCCCCGCCGAGAACAAGGAUUAUUCCCAUGAGCUCGUCUGUGUCACUGAAAGGGAAAGGAUAGUUGUGCCAAUUCGGGCCAUUGGUGCCCAAGCUAUCCUGGACUUCCCUGCCCAGCGGGACUUCUCCAAGUGUCCGGUCAAGUGCAGCAUCCAGAAGACUCUGCUGGUCUGCAAUGUCGGUAACCAGGCAGCUCAUUACCAGCUGAGCACCCAGAGAUCAGGAUCUGUCCUUGCACAAAACACCUUUGGGUGAUAACAGGGCUGGGGAAGAGCACCAAAAGGAGCCAGAGCAGCCCUGCAGCCUGGCUGGAAGUGAGCAGGAUGGAGGACAUCUGCUCUCGCUUUCGGUGUUCUGAGCAGGAUGCAGCCUUUGAGCUUUCUCUGGCCCUGCUUUCCUGGAGGCUGCUGGAACAUGCUGGUAGCUGGCUUGCACCCUCCUGAGCACAAGCAGCUUCUGAAAUGCUUACUCAGCAGUGUUGGCCAAAAAGGCCCAUUCUCUGGGAGGCCAGAGGCACGAGGCUUUCCAGUGCUCCUCUCAUGAGAUGCCCAACAUGAGCUGUGCUGCAGGCAGCCGGUGCAGUUCCUGCUACUAAAGCUGAUCUGAUUUCCCUUGCCAGCUGGGGACAUCAGUCCCCUCUUCUGCUCCAUGGUGAACCUUUGAAAGCCAGUUUAAAAUUUCAAACAGAUGGUUUAAAUCUCUGAAUAAGGUUGUGCCCCCUUUCAUUGAGAUUUCUUUUUUUUUUCUGAAGUCCCUGUGUUUCUGCUGUUUUUUCAUUUUGGUUUGUGUUAAAUGCUUGCCAAAAGAUUAUUAAUUCUUCAUUGGGAACUUUGAUGAAGGUUGAACUCUUCCAAUGCCUCUCAAUAUACCACAUGCCCAUAGGUACUUCCUGCACAGGUGUGUAGGAAAUAUGAGACAUUUAGUGAAGAUGUCAAAAGAAUUUGGGCUGUUUUAGAAAAUAAAAGUAUAGAAUAACUUUUCCAGAGGGGACCUCUGGAAAUCAUCUGAGCAAACACACUGCUCAAAGCAAGAGCACUGUCUGGGGAUUGCAAGGUGCCAUUGGGAGAUCUGGACCUGCCUUUAGAUGCCAUACAAGGAAACAAACUUCCCAAUGGACCUAGUUAAAAAGCAGAAGAAAACAACCUAUUAAAACCCCUCCAUACCUUC